UUUUUAUAAAACACAGGUCACAUAAAAACAAAAAAGCAGGGGGUGAGUAAAGUGGAAACAAAUUAACGAGGAAAAAGCAAUCUUACCAAUAGCGGAGAAUCACGCCGACAAUGAAUAGGCCACCACAAGGUCGUGGUCAGCCACGGCUGGGCGCUACCUGGUAUCCAGGGGGCCAGGACGAUUUCUACAUGCCAGAAGUCAUAUCCCCCUCUCCCCAAAGGGUCAUGCCAGAAGUUCCGGAGAACAUGCAGGACAAUAUUGCUCACCUCGAACACGAGGCCCGGAAUCCCCAUCACAACCACCACUAUGACCGCUCGCGCUUCCCUGAGCGAACUUCCUCCGCCACCACUCAGGGACAACCUUCCCCAACCGCCUACGAACCCCCUCAUUUUGAGCAAUCCACGGCUUAUGACGCUACCAUGGAUGCCCCGAACUUUUCGCCAUUUCCUGUCCUGCGCAACCCCCCACCCAAUGUACCUCCUACUGAUGAGCAGAGGGAAGUCAAUUUGGAGCGGGCCCGGAUGGCGGUGCUCUCAUCCAACGACCCGGAUAUGCAGCUGGCUUGGGCCCAGGAUGCCCUCGCCUAUGUCGAGGUUGCUAUGCAGAACGAAGCCCGUCUGUCUUUGAUACAGCCCCCGCGCCCUCAGACUCCUCAGGUGGAGCGGCAGUUGAAGCUUGAUGCAAUGAACAUCGUCAAUUUCCUAGCGGAGCAAUAUCACCCCAAGGCUGAGUUUAUUAAGGGCAUGUGGCUGGAAUUCGGCAAGUUUGGAUACCGUGUGGAUAAGAAGGAAGCAUUCCGAGCCUACUCGAGGGCUGCAGAGAAAGGGUAUGCCAGAGCUGAGUACCGCAUCGGCAUGCAGUUUGAGAGUUCGGGAGAGCCGGAGAAGGCUAUCAGACACUACGAGAAGGGUGUUGCCCUAGCAGACUCGGCUUCUUUCUACCGCCUGGGGAUGAUGAUUCUUCUUGGCCAGCACGGACAGCGCCAGGAUUACCAAAUGGGGCUCAACUACAUCAGCCUCGCAGCGCAAUCCUGUGACGAAAAUGCACCUCAGGGGGCAUAUGUCUAUGGAAUGCUUUUGGCGCGAGAGCUGCCCCAAGUGAAUGUCCCCGAGAACUAUCUUCCACUUGAUCUCAACGCAGCUCGUGUUAAUAUCGAAAAAGCUGCUUACCACGGCUUCGCGAAGGCUCAAGUUAAAAUCGGUGCCGCCUACGAACUGUGCCAACUUGGCUGCGACUUUAACCCCGCUUUGUCCUUGCACUAUAAUGCGUUGGCUGCGCGUCAAGGUGAACCAGAAGCGGAAAUGGCUAUCAGCAAAUGGUUCCUGUGCGGUCAUGAAGGAGUCUUCGAGAAAAAUGAUGGGUUUGCGUUCACUUACGCUCAACGUGCAGCUCAAAGCGGGUUCCCUACCGCCGAGUUCGCCCUGGGAUACUUCUAUGAAGUCGGAAUAUUUGUUCCGGUAGACAUCAAAGAGGCUCGAAGCUGGUAUGCCAAGGCUGCAGCGAACGGAAAUAAGGACGCGACCGGUCGGAUUGACAGCAUCUCCCGGUCCAAGACUCUGUCCAGGAAGGAUCAUGAACAAGUUGCGAUUGCCCGGAUCAAGUCACGUUAUGGGUCCCAUCAGCGAGGGAGCACGAUGAAACCUACUCCCGAGAACCUCGAAAUGCCCGAUCCGUCCAGGAUGACUUUAUCCGACAAUCCACCAUCGUCUGCUGCGCCCUACCCUGAUAGACCAGCAUCUCGUGCCCGGCCUGUGUAUCCCCCUGGGUAUUCGAUGCCCGACCCUCGGCCGAGCUCUGCAUUUGGGAUCAAUCCCAACAUUCGCUCAAACGCGCCCAACUACAACCGCGCCGCAUCGUAUGGACCCAGUGCCAUGGGGUACCGCUCACCGGGCCCUGGUACGCCAUCCACUACCAGCCCGUCAAGCCCAGCGUCCGCAGCACCAAAGGUCGACAUUGGCUACUCGGCACCGCUUGAGAACCCCAACCCGGAUGCCCGGAGACGUCCCCAGCGGCUGGACAAUAUGCCUCCAGAGCGUAGGCCCGUGAGAGGGCCUGUUUCCCCUCACUCCCAAGGUGGCCAGACAGGUUCUCCUAGGCCCCCAGCCUCACCUUCCACAUCGAUGCCCCCCCGCGUACUGAAUCCAUGGCGCCUUCAGGGGCCCCCUCAAUGUCCAACCCCCCUUCAUCUACAUCGACGCCCAAGCCCCCUCCCUCGAACUCGACACCCAAACCUCCUCCCACCGCAUCGACCUCGGCCAGCCAAAAGCCUGCAGCGCCAUCCAAGCCGCAUGGCAAUCUGCCGGGCAAGGGUCCUAAGACGUUCGAAGAAAUGGGGGUACCGGCUGUCCAGAAAGACAGUGAUUGCAUUGUCAUGUGAUACCCAAGGAGAUCCUUCUCUGGUCGUUAUUCAUUUGUGCCAUAUUGGACUAGUGCGGGGCCGAGCAUUUUCUUUCCUGUUAUUGCUCUUGUUCUUUCCUUUUCUUUUCUACCUGUUCAUCGGCUACCUAUGUCUCGCUGUCGUUUGAAUAUCCAACCUGCGAUUUGAUGUGAUGUUUUGUUCCCGAAAUAUCAUGAGCUUUGUGCCCCGGCGUGUAAACGCCCCGCUCUCUGUUCUCUUCUCAUCUUCCCCUCACCCCCUCCUUCUCCCCCCUUAUCCGCAUAUCUAUUCAGCCCCCC